AUGCUGCUUCGGACUGUGGUCCCGCUCCUCCUCUGCGUGUCCAUGGGCAUGUGUGCCACUUUAGGCCACUACCAGACUCAAGCAAAGGAGGAGGAGGAGGCCCUUGCUGUGAACUCAGCUACUGUUAAUGAUGGUGUUGUAGGUGAUGCACCUGUGGCUGAGGAACCUUUAGCUGAUACAAUUUUUGACAAACUACUAGCUAAAAAACUCGCAGUGGAUAACACAGCAGCUGACACACCUAAAGUGGAUGUCCUUGUAGCAGAUGGUGCUACAGCUGAGCAGCUGGGGAUAGACAGUGAUAGUCCUGCCGGACACACCCCUGCUAUGGAAGCUCUUGCUGAAGAAGCUGUCACCCAGGAGCAACCUUAUUCUGAGGAGGAGGAGGGGAAUGAAAUCAGACCAGUCAAGAUCAACCAGUCCAUGGACAGACCCUUGGCUAAUGAAGAUAAUAACAGUUGGAGCCUUAACUCAAUAAGAAAUAGCUUCCAGACUAUGCACGGAUACUUUGACUCCCUGGUUGAGCUGGUGGGGGGUCACGACGGUGUGUGUCAUUACCGCUGCAGAUACGGCGAAGUUCCUCAACCUCGCCCCGGCUACCACCUCCCCGAGCCCAAUGGCUGCAGCUCCUCUCUGGUGGGAUUCCAGGUGAAUGCCGCUCUUGACCUGGGAAUCCCUGCUAUGACAAAGUGCUGUAACCAGCUUGACAUGUGCUAUGACACAUGUGGCACAAGCAAGUACAACUGUGACUCCAACUUUCGCUUGUGUCUGCAUGGCAUCUGCUCUGACCUUAAGAAGAGCUUGGGCUUUGUGUCGAAGGUACAAGCCUGUGAGUCAAUGGCAGACGCUCUCUACAACACAGUGUGGACUCUGGGUUGUAGGCCUUACAUGAACAGCCAGAGGGCAGCGUGUGUCUGCGAGGGAGAGGAGAGAGAUGAGCUGUGACACACAACACUCUGCACAACUCCUAGACACUUUCACAGACAAAUAACAGAGUCACGAGUAUUUCCACAGAUUAUACUGUGUAUUUAUUGGCUUUUUG